AUGUCUAAUAUAAAAAUCGUGUAUCAGAGAAAAGUCCAUAAGUUGCCCCCAAAGGUGACGACCUUUUAGGAAAUCGUAGAGACUAUCAAGACCCUUUACCCUCAAAUCAAGGAGGUUCAUUUAUUCACCAUUAUCAAUCCAAGUAGAAAAUUAACAUAUCUCCUAGGUGAACCUGAUGGAAUUGAGGAAAUCAAUUGCGAUUUGGCUCUAACGUUCCUGAAGAAAAUGUAUAAAUAGAUGAAAUGGCCGACUAUCAAAUUGCUUGUUGUGGAGAAUUUAAAUGAUGAAACCCAACUUCGAAAUUCCAUGGAUUUACUAAAUCAGAGUUAAAUUAUUUUGGACAAAUCCAAUUACCAAGAUCAGCCCAAUAACAAUAAGUAGGUGUUAGAGCAAAACAGCAAAGUGCCUUAAAAACAAGUAAUCGAUUACAAGAAGGAUGAGAAAUUAAAGUAAGCUAUAGUUUAAAUCAUCGAUGAACGAUUGAAUCACUACAAUCUUUUGAACGCAAAGGAUUAAGAGACGAUUAUCAUCACGUAGAAGGCCAAAAAGCUAUCCUAGAUGUUCACCCAAUACCCUGAGAAUUGGUUGUUUGACUUUGUGAAGCAGUCGGGUGCUCAUCAAUCGGAAGAACAUUUGGUAUCGUUGCUGACUGAGUAUAAUUGA